AUGCCGGGAGCUUCGGGAACUGCGAACGAGGAUCUGGAAGGUGAUGCCAGCCAUGGAUCCUUGAGAGUGCCGACGGCCAUGGCACCCAACUCGUAUGAUUAUGGACAUCUAAGUCGUGGCCCUCCAAUCGCCGAGUCGGAAGCUUUGGGGAGACAAAGGUAUCUCAUCCUUCAUUUCACCUUGAUACAACCCCAACUCAUGCCCAUCACGCUCUUCUCCAGAUCGUCGUCUUUCUCCACCCGCUUUCGCCAAGCAGGUGGUCCGAACAGUUUCGAUAAUUUUGCCCGGUCUUGGCAAAGAGCUGCUUGUUUCCCAGAAGUCUGGCCACGGUGGUCGUCGUUUGUGUCUACCGACUCGGACGACGAAUUUGACAUUGCAACGGGGCUGAGCAAUGAUGCUGGGAAUUCUUCUUUUCAGGGUCGACCAUCCGACGCCGAAAGACCUCUAUUGCGCGGUGAUUCGGAUUCGGAUGAACAUGGCGAUGACGACCUGCUCGGGCCUGACUCGUCAAAGAAGGGACUACCGACCACCGGACUUCUGGCCUCAUCGCUAGACAGAAGCUUCGCGACGUCGUACGGUACGAUUUCUUCCCGAGUGAGUGAGUCGACUCGAAGGCAUGCCAUCCAAUUUCACCAUGAGCAACAGGCCCAUGUGGAUGGUCCGGGGGGUUCUGACCGGGAGCCACUGCUUGUCAAACAUGUCCAGCGGGACGACGGCACCAGUGAAGGUGUCAUCGUCGGUCAAUCGACUGUCCCGCAGACCACUUUCAACUCCGUUAACGUGUUGAUCGGCAUCGGUCUGCUGAGUCUACCGCUGGCGAUGAAGCAGGCUGGGUGGCUGCUGGGGCUACUCUUCCUGGUCUACUCUGCAAUCACUACUUCCUACACGGCUAAGAUCUUGGCCAAAUGCCUUGAUGUCGAUCGGACCCUCGUCACCUAUGCCGACCUGGCCUAUAUCAGUUUUGGACAUCACGCUCGUUUGGUAACCAGCUUUCUCUUCUGUAUGGAACUUUUGGGGGCUUGUGUGGCCCUGGUGGUCCUGUUUGCAGAUAGUCUAUAUGCCCUUGUUCCAGGGUUGAGCAUCAUCCAGUGGAAAAUGGUCUGUGGAUUAGUACUUGUUCCUCUGAACUUCCUGCCAUUGCGGUUCCUGAGUGUAACCAGCAUCCUGGGGAUCAUCUCUUGCACAUCUAUUGUGGUCCUGGUCUGUGUCGAUGGCUUGAUCAAGCCAGAUGCACCGGGCUCCCUGCGGCAGCCCGCCAGUACAUUUCUCUUCCCCGAGAAUUGGGCUACUCUUCCGCUGAGUUUCGGUCUCAUUAUGUCACCCUGGGGUGGUCACGGUGUCUUUCCCAACAUCUAUCGAGAUAUGAGACAUCCACAGAAGUAUGGAAGGAGUCUGUGGACAACUUAUUUAUUUACAUUCUCUCUCGAUUGCUCCAUGGCAAUCAUCGGCUGGGUCAUGUUCGGUGACACGGUUCGGGAUGAAAUCACUGCCAACAUCCUCACCAUAACCGAUUAUCCACAACCUCUGUCUGUCUGUAUCAUCAUGUUUAUAUCAAUGAUUCCUAUAACCAAAGUGCCGCUCAAUGCCCGACCGCUGCUGGCCACAUUCGAAGUCCUUUGUGAUCUGGCAAUCGGCCAUAGAUCCACAGACAUGACUCGACAGGUGUCACAAGUAAUAGUCCGCAUUUUCGUGGUAGUCAUGAUUGUAGUGCUGGCUGUGGUGUUCCCGGCCUUCGACAGAAUCAUGGCCUUCUUGGGAUCGUUUUUGUGCUUCACAAUCUGCAUCAUUUUCCCUCUCGCGUUCUACCUCAAGAUCUUCGGGAAGGAGAUCAGCCGAAGGGAGCGCAUCCUUGAUUGGUUUCUGCUUGUCACCUCGACGAUACUGGCGGCGGUGGGGACUGUUUGGGCGUUCUUGCCACAGGAUAUGAUCUCUGCAAGCUAG